AUGCCAGAUGCCGACUCCAAUGCUCGGCGGGAGCGACCGUGGCUUAUUCCAUCUAACAGAAAGGUUCGCCACUUGCAGGCCAUAACUCUCCGCAAUCUCGCCUUGUCCCAUGAAGCAACCCGUCCUCGUCGAGGCACAAUUGACGAUGAAGCUCUACCAGCCACCAAGAAAUCACCUGCUAAGAUGCUCGCUCUACGCGAUGCCCAUACUAUCAUGAACCAUUCAAAAUCCUCUGAUGACCUUCGCCCCAUCCAUCAGUUUACCUCAUCUCUAUCAUCAAGCCCCACGAAACAACGCACCCCACCUCGUCCCUCGUUCGCCAAGUUGCGCAGGAGGAGCACCCUAGAAUGGGCCGCUUCAACCUCGCAACAACGUCAGAGACGCCUCCACGAUGUCUCUGCCCAAAGAAUGGCCGAUUUGUUCUACUCCAUACACAUUCCCAACCAACAAGAUCCCAUCUAUGUCAGCGAGGUGGCUGAGAAGGUCAUGAACCCCAACUUCAGGAACAUCCAUUUCGACUCGAACCAUACUCAACUCAGGAGACUGGACGAGCUGACUCUGAGGUUCUGGGCCAAGAGCGAAUCAAUGUCCAAUUACUGCUUGUUGAUAGACAUGACAUUGAGCAUGCGCUCUCUACAGUUCAUCGGCAAAAGCGUGAGCAUCUCUCUGACCUGUCCACUUGGUCCUUAUGCUUAUAUUUUUUCAGNNUUGUCGAGCUUUCACCACCCCUUUCCGCCGAACUGUGCUGUCUUUCACCUGACGGACGGCUUCUAUACCGCAUUUACCGAUGCUCGAGUCGAUGAGCCGUUAGAUCCUUUUCAACAUGGCCCCGCCAGAGUCACGACAUCUCGCACUUUGCCCACCUCGUCCUUUGAUGCUCUACUACGCCUCUCUAAACUCGAUGACAGCGUCCAAGAUGCCUUGACUCUGCGAAAACAGCUUGCUUCCGAGUUGGAAAAAACGUUACAAGAUAACAGGACAUCGCUGGACGAAAAGACGCAACUUGCAGAGACGACCGACUUCCUCAAAACCAUCGAUUUCGCGACUGCGACAGUGAAAAAGCAGCUGAAAGCACUCGAGCAGAAACGUGACCAGAAGCGCAAAGCCCUUCAGAGUCGUAGAGAUUUGCUUGCGCGCGAUUCUGCACUUCGAAAGGAGGUACUUUCGCAGGUCGAAGCUGGUAAAGACGAUGUCUCAGACCUGUCCAUCCAAAACACCAGUGUAAAGGCGUCCAUCACCCAACAACGCCGCCGCAUAACCCACGAUCUGUCGAAGAUAUACCCCAUAAACCCUGUACCGGAUCAAAGUCUUGCUUUCACGAUCCGUGGAAUGCACCUGCCCAACUCGGAAGCAUUGGAUACAGCAACUCCCGAAUCUUUAGCUGCCGCUCUAGGUCACGUCAGCCAUGUCAUCCAGCUCCUCUCACUCUACUUAGGAGCCAUUCUGCCAUAUCCUUGUCGGCCUCGCAGCAGCACAUCAACAAUUCUCGAUCCCAUCUCUAUCCUCAAUACCACAAGCACAGCCUCCAAAGCCGUCACUGACGACGCCGCCGCUCGAACUUUUCCUCUCUUUGCAAAAGGCGCUGUACGCUUCCGCUUCGAGUACGGUGUGUUCUUGUUGAACAAGGACAUCGAGAUAUUGUUGUCGACGCAUUUCGGUGUCAGGGUUCUGGAUAUUAGACAGACGCUGCCGAAUCUGCUGUACGUGUUUUACUGCGCCACGGCCGGCGAUGAGGAGUUGCCCGCGAGGAAAGCCGGUGGUGUUAGAGGUCUGAUGAGGAUCAAGGCACACGGACGUAAUAGUGCAGGAGAGGAGAGAUGGUAG